CUCAUCAGUCCUCAUUCAGCACAAACACAUGCACACCCCCGUCGUCAGCUAGGCGGCCACCGGAGCGCUCGGCUGGGAUGGGACAGAUGGCGGCUGUGCGGCCUCACCCGGUCCGCUCCCCCUUCGGGGGGCCAGCUGCUGCAGCCGCUCCAUUGUAUUCACAGAUAGCGAAAAAUGAGACAACCUGCCGCAACAUACGCAGGACAACAAGCCGUCGAUCGAUGCAACCUGGCGUGUGUUUGCGGGUGGGUUUGCCGAGUCACUCACCUCUGAAUAUCCCUGAGUAGCGACUGGAAGAGUUGGUUGGCGCCGAUCUCGUAUUGUUGGAUGGGCGUCACCACACUGUCCUGCCGCCGACCCGCACUUGCUGACAGCAGCCGCACGUUGAUGCUCUCUUUCAGGUAACCCAACCGCUGCAGAUGCUCGGCCCAGUGGCGGUCGAAGCGGGCCAAUGCGCAACUCACAAACGCCUACCGACACGCAACACAACACGACAGAUGCAUACACCGACACGACAGACGUGCAGUAGCCUAGCCGGCUGUGUGUGUGUGUGUUGAUGGUAUUGUGUGUACGUUAGCGAAGAGCCCCGGUCGUAUCUGCUCCAGCUGGUCUUUCCGUGCAGUGACACUCGCCUUGCUCGCGGCCUUAAGGUCGGCCACCAGCUCGGUGACGCCCCCAUCCCGCCGCACAGACUCUGUCGAAAAGGACUCACCGAACACCCUGCACCCACGCAGAUAGACAUGCCACUGUGAGUGGUCAUGGUACAAUCAACAGGUUCGGUGUCCCUCUGUUACUUUUGGAGCUUCUCUAGUAUGGCUGGUCCGUUGACCUGCCCGUCGGCACUCGUGAACUCCUCCACUGUCAGCUCCACAGCGGUGUUGGCGAACUGUGUGGCGAUGUCGAGGACCUCACCGUCGUCAGCCUUGAGCACCCGCCGCCUUAGGCCAUAGAUCUCCUGCCGCUGGCUCACCAUCGGACGGUCGAACUCAAACACGCGCUUACGGAUGUCGCGGAAAUACUCCUCAGCAGCUGCACUCACUCAUACACGCACAGCCCAUGCCAUGAGCGGGUGAUGGAUGAUGCCCAUGUCGUUGGGUGGCUGGCUGACCUCUUUGUACGUUGUUGAGUGACUCCGUGACCUGGUUUGACUCGAUCGGGAUGUCAUCGCCGAUCUUGAAGGUCGACAUCAGCCCGCUCAGCUUGUCGCCACCAAAGAUGCGGAAAAUGUCGUCCUCAACAGAGAGGAAAAAUCGUGAUGCACCGAGGUCCCCCUGUCGCCCUGACCGGCCCCGCAGCUGAUUGUCGAUACGGCGUGACUCAUGCCGCUGGGUGCCGAUAACGUACAGCCCGCCCAGCCGCCUGACCUCCUCUUGCUCGUUCUCAAGAGCGGUCUGGAAUGUCUCCUUGAUCUGCUCGAAGGCGCCCCUGGCUGCCAGGACGAGGUCGUCCUGUGUGGGCAGCUGGUCGGCGGCCAUAGCCAUGAGGUCGUCGAGGGCUCUCUCGGACAUGGUGCCAUCACCCCUGGCCCUGAGCUCCUCAGUCAGGUCCCCCACCGCCGCCAGCAGCUCCUCAUCCAACGGGGCGGGGUAAAAGCCCUCUUUCACCUCGACGGGCUGCUGUGUCCGGUUCUGUGAGGCGCCUUCGGGCAACGGAAUGGCGUCUCGCAGAAGGGACCGCAGCUUGAGGCUGGCCAUGGCGGCGGGGUUGCCGCCUAGAAUGAUGUCGGUGCCUCUGCCCGCCAUGUUGGUGGCGACCGUCACCUUACCCUUGCGGCCCGCCUGUGCGAUGACCUGCGCCUCCCGCUCCACGCUGUCGGGUCUGGCGUUGAGCACCUGUGCGUCGAUGCCGCUCUCGACCAAGGCCGCCUGAAUCUUCUCCGAGAGAUCCACCGAUGUCGUCCCUGCACACACACAGGUGGACCUACGUACGUGACCUUGUAUCUUGCGUUUUUCGUCGAAGAGCAUACCGAUGAGUAUGGGUCUUCCUGUCCUGUGUGCCCUGUCGACCUCCUUGAGCAUGGCGUUGAGCUUGGCCUCGACCGUCUUGAAGACGGCAUCGGGGUAGUCACGACGGGCUAAAGUCACAAGAAGCAGGCAGCAACAUUCGUGGUCGCAUCAAAGAAUGGCUUAGCCCAGUCAGUGUCCGUUGUCCAUCCACUUACCGACGGGCAGCGCUGUUGGGAUGGGCAUGACUUCUAGACCGUAGAAGUCAAGGAACUCCUGCACACGACGCGACCACAAUAUGCAUGCGCGGGUGUGUCUCGGUGGCUGGAUGGGUGAGCACCUUUGCGUCGGUGAAUGCAGUGCCGGUCAUGCCAGCGAGCCGCGGGAAGAGCCUGAACAGCGACUGGUACGUCACACUCGCUAUCUCCUGGGGGCGCACACCGACGCACACACACACACACACACGACCAGCGUAUGCCCACAGAUCCAUCUUGGCAUUCAUCGCUCAGAUCUGACCUGUGUUUCUCCCGAAACGGCUACGCCCUCCUUGGCCUCGAUGCUCUGCUGGAUGCCGUCGGUGUACCGCCGACCUGCAGCACACACGCGCAAGUGAGUGAGGGGCCUCCCUCCGCGAACGUCGCUUGGGUGCUCGUGAUGUGCCAAUGUUCGUACGUACCUUCGAGAAUGCGGCCUGUGAAUGAGUCGACAAUCGACACUCGACCGUCCCUGGCAGGGGGGUGACAGGAGGGAGGCGCAGGGAGGGGUGUUCGGGUGGGUGUUGAUGUGGCUGUGUGGGGUGUGAGAGGGGAAGGGGGACGGUCUGUCUGACUUACUCGACGAUGUAUUGCUGGUCCUUUUGGAAGAGCUCUUUGGCCUUGAUGGCGUUGACGACGAAGUACACCCAGUUCUCAGAGGGAUCGUACGGCUCCAUGCCCAGAAUGUCAGCCAAAUUCUGACGAUCGCCAUACACACACGACGGCUCUAGACAGAUGCAAGGGCAUGGCGUGCUCCGUGUCUGACCUCUAGUCCAUCGUCGGUGAGGAACGCCGUCUGUCGCUUCUCGUCGACCUCAUAGUCGCGGCCCUUCUGCAACACCUGCACAAGCUCUGCAGCACGGGCGUACUUGGCCUACCAACAGACACCGCAUCCACGCACACGGACAGCCGGCAAUGCAUUCAAUGCAGCUGUCUGGUUACUUUCUUUCCUCCCUCCCUCCCUCCCUCCCUCUUACGAGUGGUGCUCCGACAGUCUGGCUGAUCUUCAGAGGGUUCCUGGCGUCGUCAAUGAGGAUCGAGUCGGCCUCGUCGACGAUGCAGUAGUAGAAGGGCGAGGGGCGGCCCGUGGCCGCCGGGUCCAGAACUAUCGCACCGUCGCUGUAGGCCAGAUUGUCGCGGAGGUAGUCGAAACCCAGCUCCUGGUGCCAACACAGCACACACAUGGGAGGAGUGAUGGGUGGGUGAGAGUGGAUGGUGUGGCCACAUCUGCACUGCACGCACCUGGUGUGUGGCGUAGAUGACGUCUGCAGCGUACGCGCGCUUCUUCUCUUCCCUCUCCUGACCCGGCACCACCACACCCACACUCAGACCCAGGAACCUGCACACAGACAGACAGACGAGCGACGCAUUCGAGGCACACAUACAUAAAUAGUCAUUCGUCGAGAUCGAUGGAUUCCUGCCUGCCUGACUCACUUGUAUAUCUGCCCCAUAGUGUCGGCGUCCCUCUUGGUGAGGUACUCGUUCUGGGAGACCACAAACGCCCCCUUGCCCAGCAGCGCGUUGAGGUAGGCGGGCAGCGUGGCCACGAGCGUCUUGCCCUCUCCCGUGGCCAUCUCCGCCAGCCGGCCGUCAUGCAGCGCCAUCCCGCCCAAGAGCUGCACGUCGAAGUGCCUGCAAUGCAUUCAACACCAAACUCAUCAGACCGGUGGGUGCGCGCGUAUCCUGUGCCUUUAAGUCACCUCAGUUCGAGGACUCUCCAUGCCGCUUCCCUGACGACGGCGAACGCCUCUUCGAGGAUGCCGUCAAGCGCCGCCUUCUCCUUCGCCAGAUCGUCCACUGUCCGCAGCUCAGACACAGACACGCCAAGAGCAGAUGCCAAACGAUCCCGAAACUCUUCUGUCUUGGCUCUGAAACAGAAAAGACGAGAGAGGCAGACAACCAUUCCAUUCUCACACACUGCUAAUUGUCUUGCAUGGUUUGCGUGCCUGAGCUGUUCGUCCGAGAGGUUCUCGACCUCGUCCUCCAGUCUGUUGAUGCGGUCCACCCGCCCCUGGUACUCGAUGGCAGCUGCCUUGUUGCGCUCCAUGAGGUCCUCCAACGGAUCUGCCGCACCGAAGGGCUUUAGGAGGCCGCCGAUGGACAUCUGCGUCAGAGGCCGCCUCACAUGCCGCUGGCAAAAAAGCACAAAAGCCGCAAACAAGGACACACAAGCAUCGAUGCACUGCACCUGCACAACAGCCAGCCUCCGUGUGUGUCAACUGCCUGUGCCUGGGCUGGCUACAUUUGUUGCGUGACGAAAGUCGGCACCACCAGGCGAGAGGACGAACGUUGCAGGAACGGAGGUGUGACGAAGCGCGUGAUGGCGGAAGGCAUCGGCUUUGAUUCCCAGCAGGCCGACCAGUGCAGUGAUGAACAUCGCAUGACCCAAUGGACACAUCUUCUUCAUCCAAUCGCUCUGAUUCCCAAGAUCUCUAUCCUCGUCACUUCAUUGCUUCAUUCUCACACCAGUUUUCG